AUGGCAAGGGUCCAUUAUUCAUCCGGAUCAGAAAAGGCGUUGAAACAACGUGCUGCAACCGAAGAAAAAAUACCCCUGGCUAUGUUAUUUACAUGCAGAGGUAGUACACAGCAGGAAUUACUCUACCUUUAUCCAUAUAACGUCGAAUGCGAAUUCGCUGAACCAUUGUUCACGGGCAGACGCUGUUUUAUCAAAAAAGAUCAACCAAAGCGUUUAUUGCCUAAGAUCACCGACACCAAAGAGAGUCUUCGUACACCGUUCGGUCUUUCCACUGAACUUCUCGCUUCUUUGCUUUGUGUGAAAGAAAACGCCAAUGAUUUGCCCUUUGAGCUUAAGUUGGGUAAAGUGAUUUAUGUGGGCUUCCCAAAAUCUGUGUCGCCGGUGCCAAAUCCGUGGCCUAAUCCCGAUGGCCAUUCACUUGACGCUUUUCAUGUCGUAUUCGUUUUACCCGAAGGUGCUCCUUAUCAAAUGAUUGAACGAUUUCAGUGCCUCAGUCGCAAAUUAGCCCAUGGAAUUGACGCUUUACAACAAAUCAGCAAUUAUCUGAGCAUUGAGCAUGGAAUAAUGCAUUCCGAGUUGGAGAAAUUUCGUGCAAUUCCCGAAAACGAGCAUAAACUGCCACCCUGGGAAGCGAUUCGAACCAAGUCCAAAUUGGCAGCUCUAUUUGCUCAGGUUUUUGAUGAUCUUCAUCGAACUGGUGUUGUUCAGGUAUUCAUGGAUAAUUUCGUCGAGAUCGGAUUCUGUAUGGAAGAGAGGGCACUGAAGCACGCACGUUUGACUCCAAGAACCGCAGCCGAAAUUGAUCGACUCGUCUCACGAAUCAGGCCAUAUCAUAGUGUUCUCUUAUUGGAGGAUGUAACUCCAUCUCCCGAUGCGAAUCCAAAUGUUGCUUUGAUGAUUCGACAUUGUGAUCCGGAUAGGUCGAUUCUGGAUAUUAGCACGGCUAGUGGAAUUCCUUUGAUGCAGGUACUACUUGUUGUUCGUCAUCUUCUCUUAUGGGCAAGAGCUGUGGUCAUUUAUCCAAUCGUCAAUACAAAUGUCUAUUCGAGUGCAACAACGAAUAAGGAUUUAGAGAGGGAAACAAAUAGAUUUUCCCGAUUCUUUGGACAUGUCACUUCUUUGGGAGAAACUUUGGCAGCCUUUAAUCCUCCAAUACAACUCGAUUUAUAUGUUGAUCCAUCAGCUCCAUUAUCAUUUCAACAGGUGCGAACAAGAAUCGUUGUUUAUUUAUUACGUCAUCAACUUUUGAUGCAGUUACACAAGUUUGCAUAUUUGAUGGUACCAUAUAGUACCAAAGAGAAGCCCACAAAUAAACAUUGCCCAAAAGGAAUCCGAGAUAUUAUCGAUCAAGUUCCAACUUUUGUGCAUCCGUCAGAGAAAAUCGGUCCGGGAAGCACGGAUGAUGCGGUGGAUUUGAAAAUUGAAGGGCCGCUGCAUGAAGAGAACGAAAAUGAACGCGAAGAAUAUGAAACACUCAUGGCACGGAUUUCGGAUCGAAAAACUUUACCUCCAACCGCUGGAAUUUCGAGUGAGGUGAAAGAUUACCUCAAAAAACUAUGUGGGCAAAUGCUCGAGAAGGAGGGUUAUGCUGAGGUUGAAGCAAAAAUUCGGCGAUUCUGUCAGUUGGCUCCUCUUUUAAAUGGUUCACAUCACGUUGAGGAUCUAAUUGCUUUUUCGCCUGUGAUUGCUACAUAUCUGCGACCAGAUUUUAUUUCUUGUCUAGAUGAUUCUUUGGCU